AUGUCGCGCUUUGCAAAGGCCUCCCCCGCCGCCCCAGCAGAGAAGGACUGGCAGUACAAGCUCUGGGAUAACGACGCCGUCAAGGGCCUCGACAUGCUCAACCGCGCCCUCUUCGACGCCGAGUCCGCCCCGCAGUGCCAGGCCGAUAUCCUCCGCCUCGAGGUCCUGUACGAGCACGGCGGCGUCUACGUCGACGCCGAUAUCGUCUCCACGCAGCGCGACCUCCGCCCAGCCCUAGAAGCCGCCAGGGACACCGGCUUCAUGAUCACCUACGAACCGGAUACUAAGGAUAAGCCCUACUCCAUCCUGGGCAAUAGCCUUAUCGCCUGCACACCGAGACACCCGCUCAUUCUCAUGCUCAUGUCCUACAUCAAGCAGGUCUACCCACACAAGCGCAACCACUAUGGCGUCGAAUGGGUCACCGGCCCGCUCACCUACACAAAAGUCCUCAUCAACCCCGAUAUGCCGGUCACUGUUCCGCCCAGCAAGGAUUUCUACCCGGCUUUCCACUACGUCCCAAACCCUUCGGCCAUAGACCUCACCUCGUUUGAUAGCUAUUGCUUCCAGUUUGGAUACACUUGUUCCGGCCUGUCGGAGUGGGUUGCGAGAAACAAUAAGUGCAAGAAAGCACACGACUGCAACCACCACGCCAAUAUCGACUACCCGCUCGGCAAGCUCAAGCAGUUUCCUGCCCACGUCCCGCCCCGUGCUACUGCCUCCGAAAUUCCAAAAGUCAUUCACCAGUUCAGCUUCCAAGGGCCUGACAAGCUACCUGAAAGGUGGACUAGCACUUGGAGCGACAACUUUUGCCCGGCUAACGGAUUUCAGUAUGAGCUCUGGACUUGGGACAAGCUCAAGGAAGAGAUUGGCCAGUUUUAUUGCGCAAACCUCUACGCGAAAGACCACAUGGAUGCUUUUUCAGUCAACAUGCUUGCUCUCGAAGUCUUGCAUCGCCGCGGUGGGUACUACGUCCCACUCACUACACUUUUCACUGGUGAAGCCACGGAUCCGGAAGCUGCCAACCUCAUCUUUGAGCAGCAAGACUCUGCAACAUUUGGAUUAGGGUCUAUCGUUGGAUGCGCAACCAACUCUGCGGCAGGGAAGAUCAAGGAAUCAUACCAGAACGGAUACGUCACCUCUGAUUCCCAUCGUGACGCCCCUGCACAUCUGGUAUCUGAUAUGCGCUAUGGCGAUGAAGUCGCCUCAUUUGCGUCCUUCAAGGGCACGUCAAGAUUUCUUGGCGCCAGCGAGAUGUAUUACACUCCUUCCCCCGAAUCCGACUUCGGCCCCAUGUCAACAGCAAAUAGUGCUUUGUUGUGGGCCUACGACUGCCAAGUCCCGAUUUUCCGAAUCCCGGAAGAGAAGCAGAUGAUACCUACGCUCCGGGAAUCAGGCAAGCGAGCAAUUGUUAUCACAAGUCCUGAAUUUGGAGUGCACACAUCUCUCGUCAAGGAAAUCCCUGGCGUCAUGUACAGGCUCGAUCAGGAAGGUACGGAAUGGGAUUUUAUUGUCAUCAACGUCGAGUGGGAGGUUGACGAAGAUGGGCUGGUCGUCUACAAAGCCGCAAGUCCGUUCCGAUCUCCCAAAGCCCGAUAUCUCGGUUUCAUUGUGAACUCCCAUGCUAGCGACUUGGUCUCAUCUUCAAACAUUGAAACCAUAUUGGAACGCCACGACAGUGGGCGUGUCUUCGUGGCUUCCGAAAAGUCGACACACACAUCCAUGACUGCAAAGAUUUUCCGUGCGAUGCCAGCAAUUACUCACGCGUGCCAAACUCUAGCCGGCUACGAGCCCAACUUUUAUCGCGACCGUGACGAAGUCAUGGACAACCUCUUAAAAGGACAUCGCGGCGACCAGAUAGGCUUCGAGUUGCAGCUCGAUGAUCAGAACCGUGUCAUGUUUCGUUCAUGGGGUGAAAACGGAGGGAUCGACUGCGAGUGCAAAGUGAAUCCCGGUAUGAGCGGGAUGGCGGUAGAGUUUCUUCGGAUUUAUCAUGAUCAGCAUGUGCACUUUGAGACUAGCGGCGCGUUUGUUCGAUAGGUUAAUGUAUGUGGUGUGCUGCUACUCUUUACCUAGCUAGUACAGUACUUGUUUCAAGUAGUCGUAGGCGUAGUUUAUAGACUUCCUGUGGAGAGUGUUACUAAAAACUCGUCUAAUCUGUGACAUGGGAAA